AUGGCACCACUCACGCCCUCCUCCGCUCUCCUCUUCGGCGCUGCAUUGGGCAGCACGGCAGGGAUCGAGGCUGCUGUCUCAUGCAGCCUUGCCGGUCUCGGAGUCCUCUGCGAAAAGGGCGACAUCAUCGGGCACGCGGUCCGGGACUGGGGCCACGUGCGCCUAUUCUCCUCCAACAGCCUAAACUGCUCGCCAGCUGGCCUCCGCGCGCUCGCCGACCUCCGCCUCGCUCCUCCCGACCCCGCGACCUAUCCGACGGGCGAUGAGCUCUGCGAAACAUACCUCGAGCCGCUCGCAAAGUGGCUGGCGCAGCGCGAAGACUGCGAAGAGACGCUGGUCGAGGGCCUCGCCGGAGUCAUCGACGCGUCGGGCACGUACGGCCGCGGCAACUUUCUCGGCCGGGGCGGCGCGCCUGCGCUCGGCGAGCGAAAACCGCGCCUCCUUCCUGCCUGCCUCGGCUCCGGCGGGCGUGUCUGUGGCGCCAAGAGCUACGGCCGAGCCUCGUCCUUCCUGCUCGCCAUCGGGCACAAGCAGGUCCAGGGCGUCGUCGCGCUCCUUGCGGAGGCGCUGCUGCCAUAA